AUGCGCUGUUCCGCUGUGAGCGUUCACGAAGCGUCUUUCGACUCUAGGUCACACAAAAGCGCGCAGCGGCACAGCGGAAUGUCGUUUGGUGAAAUUCCAAGCCGUGCAGGUUUCAACUUGCAAAAAUAAUAGCCCUCGCGAGUUUUUCGCUCACACUGGAGGUAAUUUUACUUUGCGGUUGUGAUUUUUCUGAUACCGUGUUCAAUUUGAUUCCGCGAAAUGCAGGAUGACCUCUGACUCUCCAAAAUUUAGUGAUUUUUUCCUUGCUCUAACAAACAUUUUACAUUUCGCGGAAUCAAAUCGAACACGGCAUGAAAAUUGGUCAGAACGCUCUUUGAUGUACCAGAAAACAUUUCUGAAAGUUUCAACUUGCAAAAACUCCUAGUGUUUGAGAAAGAACACCUGAAAGUCGAAGAAAACUCUCGAAAUCCGUUAAAAUAAGCCAAUUUGGGGCUUUGAGCCCUCAGUUCUCGAAAAGUCGAGAGUUGUACAUGUCGAAACUUCCAGUAUAUAAUUCUGGUACAUCAAAGAGUGUUUGGGCCAGUUUUCAAGAAAUUCCCAAACGAAAAGUGAAAUGACUUCCCUUGUCAAGAUCUAUCGAAUGCAGUCUCGAAGAAAAGGAUUUCAGCAUCACUUGAAAAUUUCCUUAUCAUAUGUGACGAAGCGAAGGAAAAGCUUCAGAGUACUUCUCUCCUACGUCAAAUUUUCAAAUGUGUUCGGAUAAUUUCCAGAAGUAGAGAUGAACUGAUAAAAUCAGACGUGAGAAUUCAGGCGUAUCGAAGUCGAAACGCAGAAGUCAGUCCGUCAUGAGAGUUUCUCUCGUCUUGCUGUUGGCUUUCGCCCUCGUCGUGAGUUCUUCCUCAACUUGACUUUUUUCCGUCUCUUCCGCCUCGUUAGGACGAUGCUCUUCCCGAUUAGGUUGUAUGAUCAUAAUAACUCGAGUCGUCGUAAAGCCUCCGGUUUGAGGUCUCAAAAUUCAUUGAAAACCCUAGAAAGUUAUAUCUGCUCUGUUUUUCGCGCUCAUUUCGUCCAGUCAACCUUUCUCGAUAGUGACAAAAAGCCAGAUGAAAACUGGUCAGUUCUUCCAAAUAAGUCCUUUUUAUCGUACGGAAGACUUGAAUGAUUGAAUCCGAAGGUUUGAUGAGUCGAAUGGAAACGGUUUUCGAGUUCCUAGUACGUAUUGGAUUUCUAUGAAACCAGAAAAGACGAACUUGAUAUGAAUUCUGUUUCAGGUUCCGACGGAAGCAUUUCUCGAAAUCCUUUCAGACUUAUUCGUGAAGCCUCUCGUGAGAAUGGGCCAAGCAAGAAUAAAUUUUGAAAUAAAAGAUGGCAAACCAAUAAAUUCAGGCAAUCGGGAUAGUCAAAACGCCACCUCCUCCUGAGCCUGAGCCUGAGCCUGCGUUGCCGCCCCAGAUGGCUCCCGGACAAGGACCUUACAUGGGUCCUCCACAAGGAGCCAACACACCGGCUCCUCGUUCUAAGGGCAGCUUUCAUGUAAGUCGGCGAGGAAUUUCGCAAAAUUUAGCUUAUUCUAGGACAACAUUCAAAAAAAAAAAUGAUAUUUUUCCAGUCGAAACUGCAAACCGCCUUCGUUCUCGCCUCCGCCAACUUCAUCCGCGUCGCUCUUUUUUAG